CUGUACAGCUGCGUCCAUGAGCGCAUGAGCAAAACACAGCCCAGCCGGUCAGUACCUCCGGUUUCAUUGUACUCCAUACACGCAUUAUUUGUUGACUGAAAGAAAAUCAGUCAUGACUGACUCCCACUUCAAGUUCCCGCCAAGCCGUCGCUAACGACCUCCGAAAAUAUUUUACGAGCGCGAACCGAUAUGUUGUGAACACUCAAAGUUCUUUAUGACUGGUGAAACUGUUUACCGCGGUUGUGAAUAGAACCACCUGUGACUUUUUUUACUACGACACCAAAAUGCGAGAGGAAUCCGAUACUACAGCGCUGAAUGAAAGGAUAGCGGAGUUCAGAAGCGAUCCGGAGAAACUUCGGCAGGCCACCGAAUUCGUAGACGAACUCAUACAGCAGGCAAAAAAACAGGCCGAGCUAAAACAGAAAGAGAAUGAGAAAAGCAAAUUCGAAUCACAAGACUCGGGAACGGGUAACCUAAAGAAGAGGUUUGGCCGCGCUCGCGGGUUCGUGAUCCGAAUGUUCGAUGCUUUUUGCAACUGCACGCAAACAGCCGCAGCCGCCGCUCGUACCACAGCCAGGAACAACCCUUUUGCUAAGCGCUAAAAACUUCUCAUAUCAUUACUUUAAUUGAAGGAAAAUGAUCAAUAGUAAGAUACUAGUAAAUAAAAGAGGUCGGAGAUUUUAUAAAAAAGCCGAUAUCUUGCUAAAGGCUAACGCUACAUAUCUUAUUAUGUGUUACGGCUUUACUUUACAUAACUUUUGUAUUGGUUUCCUUUGAUUCGCAUA